AUGGCGGGUUUUGGCGACUUCACCUUCAUCUGCGAGAACGCGCCGCUGCCACUGUGCGCCUCGGUCGGUCCGCAGCUCGCGGGCGUCAACCACGUCGGCAUUGAGCCGUCGUGCUACGCGCGCAACAUCGAGCUUGCCAACACCAUCAUCUUCGAGGGCGCCGCGGCGGCCACGCACAUCUUUGCGCUCUUCAUGACGGUCGUCAUGAUCCUGCACGUGCGCUCCAAGUUCACCGCCGUGGGCCGCCGCGAGAUCUUGACGUUCUUCUACCUGUAUAUGCUGCUCUCCUUCUUCUCGCUUGUUGUCGACGCGGGCGUGGUGCCGCCGGGCUCCGCGCCGUAUCCGUACUUUGUCGCGCUGCAGAGCGGCCUCGCGAGCGCGCUCGUCACCUGCCUGCUGAUCAACGGAUUCGUCGGGUUCCAGCUGUACGAGGACGGCACGCCGCUGUCGGUGUGGCUGCUGCGCGUGUGCUCGCUGGCCGCGUUCGCCAUCACCUUCCUGGUCGCGAUCGGCACGUUCAAGGGCUGGGCGGGCCUCUCGCCGACGAACACGAUCGGCCUGUUCGUCGUGCUGUACCUGCUCAACGCGAUUCAGCUGUUCGUAUACGUGGUGAUGCAGGUGCUGCUCGUCACGCGCACUCUGCAGGACCGCUGGCCGCUCGGCGACAUCGCCUUUGGAGUCUUCUUCUUCGUCGUUGGCCAGGUCAUGCUCUACGCGUUCUCGGCCAAGCUGUGUCUCGUCAUCAGCCACUACCUGGAUGGCCUGUUCUUCGCCACCGUCUGCAACCUUCUCGGAGUGAUGAUGGUGUACAAGUACUGGGAUUCCAUCACAAAGGAAGACCUCGAGUUCUCUGUGGGCACACGCAUGAACAACUGGGAGGUGAAGGAGCUACUCCCCGAGGAGGAUCGCCGCGCUACCAUGUACAUGGAUGAUCCGUACGCGCAGACGACAGCCUACGACAUGCCGUACUCACCCACUCCACGCUAUUCGGCAAAGUACUAG